UCAGUCCAACGAGCCGACCCGAGGAAGCUUCCCUGAGGAUUGCCCUCGUCUGGUCGUAAUCACAAGGACAUUUCUAUCUUCGCUUCCGUACACUUGUUGCUUCCCAUCAAUCAUCGCGUUCUACACAUAAUUUGCUUUGUCCUGUUGCCACUCAUUCAACUUGUGCGCCACCCCCCAGCGAUCAACCCGACGGCGCGCGUCCCUCGGUCAGCCGACUUCCAGCACUGGUUCUGUCCAAGAGGGGGACAUGGUCGCAUGGCACCCUGCGAAGCCGUGACGCAGAACUGAUGGAAGGUUCCUCUAAUCAAGCGCCUAACCAAGGCCAGUCUGUCAUGUCGCCCAGCACGCCCUCCUCUUACGCAGUCAACAUCAAUAGGAAGAAGACACGGAAAUGGGUCGAGGCGAAAGUGCAAAACUACGACGGCGACGACUGGGGCGCCCCCGAAUCGGAAGACGAGCCCGACUCACCGGAGGUGCCUUUGCCAGCUCCUCGACCAGCACCAGUCGGUGGCACGAGGUUACCAUCUGAAUCGAGGAUCCCCGGGGCUGGACGAGCACCGCAGGCGCCGAUCCUCCAGCAGCCGCAAGCGCCCACGAAGCCCGCGUACGAGCGCCCCGAGGUGGGCAUAUCCGCUGCGACAGACGCGCCGGUCCCCAGCGAGAAGAACGAGCGGGAGACCGCGCCAACAACGUCUCAGCUCCCUGAGGCGAAGCAACACGAAGCACCACGCGUCCACGGUGACGAGACCAUACCCGACCCACGGGAAGAUCUCGCGCAGGAUGGGAAACGCGUUUCGGUCAGCCCCCAGCUGCCCAACGUGGCACGUCUGAGUGCCUUUGGCGUGGACAUGUUUUCGAGUGGCUCAGAGCUGUCGCUACCGAGGGAGCCAGUCGUUCAAGAAGAGCGGGAGCCUUCGCCAGCACCGCUGAGCACGGGCCCGACGACUGCGCCUGUGGCCAAGAAUCACUCUGACACGACCCCAGGGUCAGGCCUUGGCGCAACCGCGUUUUCUCCAACCUCUUUAACGGAUCAUGCCACCGAACCUGAGCAGGCUUCGGCGAGUGAUGUGCCCCAGAAGAAUGACCAAGAUGGAGUGCCUUCCGCAGCAGAGCCCGGCGCUGAUGCUGUCCCAUCAGUCCGUGAACAUGAGGAGAGUGCCUCCACAAUUUCGUCUAACAAAGUGUCGUCCGAGGAGCCAGAUCGCGUGCGAACAGACGCCGCGACACUUCCACCUCUGCACAUACCAAGCUCGCAUGAAUCUGCCACUGUCCCAGCAGGAUCGACAGAGCCCCCGAGCGGAAAACCAACCAGCGGAAUCCCUCCAACCGAGCCUCUGCACCCUAGGAAGCCAGAGUACACUCCGUCAGACUACGAGCCUCAGUCACUGGGCAGGCAGCAGACCCAUGAUUCCACGACGUCUUCACCUCUCAAGGAGAGUGACGUGUUGAGCGAUGAAAUUAUGCGGUCCCUUACGCCUGGAGGACUCAGUCCCCAUCAUGAACACCCAGACGAGAAGCACGAGCCGCCAGCUUCCGCCACCGGCCGUGAAAGCAGCUACGCGUUGAGUGCUUAUGACGACUAUUGGAACGAGACAGGCGACGCCAACGACGGCAUUCAGCGCAAGCCGACUCUUGACGCCGUGCCUGAAGCGCCUGCUGCCCACGAGACUGCUGCUGGCGCUACGUCCGUGGACACAAAGGUCCCAGAGCCGACUUCGAGUCCGCCUCCUGUCGCUGAUCCCGCUCCUGCGUACCAGCCAGUACGUGUCUCUCAGCCUCCAGCAUAUGAGGCGUCACCCGCCAGUCAGCAAUUCGCUCCCAUGAGCCCCGAGUCGAGCCAGCCCGGCUCGGAUGCUGGACUACGGCGACGUUUCUCGUGGGAAGCGGAGGAGGCGCGGGCGCAGCAGCCAGCCGCGCCCCCCAAAGACACCACACCAACUGCAGCCGCGCCGCAACCCAGUAUGCAAGACAGCCCAGUCCCUGCACAAGCUGGGACCGGGCAGCCAGCCGUGAAUCCUGCGUCACCGACUAUUAAGAUUGUGUCGGGAGAACCUUCCAUCUCGCACCAGGUCUCGCUCGCCAGUUCCUCUCAUGCGCCAGGCGGACCGCCCUCGCCUGUCUCUGACUUGAGCAACCGGGACGCCACGCCUCUUGCAGGCAACGGUCCAGGGCAAGGUGCCUCUCCCCUCGACGUGCAACCUCCAUCGGCAGCGCGCGAUUUGGCGACAGGCGAUGCUCAUGCGCCGGCUGCUGGUGGUGUCCCAAGCCAGCCGACGCUCACCUUUCGCGAGAUUAUGAACAUGGCCAGCUCGCAAGACCGCAUCGCCAAGUACGAGGAGUCUCGCAGCAUCUUUGCGAACCAGGAAUCGGGCUUGAGCAACUGGCUCGCGACGCUCAAGAAUGAACACGCCGAGCAUGCCAAUGCCAACGGCUCCUACUCGGGGGCCAUGGCCGCGCCACCGUCGCCUGCAAAUGCGUCGGCCGCUCCAGGGCCUACGCCCUCUGCACAGCAACCCUAUUACCAGCAAUACCUGAAUGCAAAUGCCAACACACCGUCUGCUGGAUCGGCACCAGGAGGCUCAACACGGUCACGCCUCGCUGGCUUCCCGAUGCAAGCUCAACAAGCUGCCGGAAGCGCCUUUGGGGGCUCAGGUAACCAGAUCGGCACCAAGGGCAAGGAGUUGAUGCACUCGGCCGGGAAAAUGGGCAAGGGGCUGUUCAGCAAAGGGAAGAGCAAGCUUCGUGGCACAGGGGACAAGGUAUUUCACUGAUGCAAACACACUGACACAGUCGCUUUCCCAUAUGCCCAUCUCACACACACGCCCACGUACGCAUUGGACCGGACAGAAGUACUCUCGUCGGCUUGCACUUGACGGUUGGUCAAGACAGAAUUUUCUUUUCUUGCAUUUGUUUUGGGCCUAAUGAUGAUCGGGGCAGGGCGUGAAAGAUAGGAAUGCAUGAGACACUUUUCCCUUUCUACAGACCAACAACCCUC